GACAACACUAACUUGCGCUUUAACUUAUACCGGCUUUAGACAAGUAACAGAGAUUCAUUUGACUCGUUAAAUAAGCACUGCGGGUCGUUAAUAUCGUAUUUAAAUACAGUUUUUAUUAUCCUACGCAUGUUGUUUUCAACUUUUUUUUGUUGACAGAAACUUCGUCAUGCUAUCAUCUCUACUUUCUACGUGUAUGAAGCUUGUCACGUGCGAAGACAGUAUUUUCCAUCAAUGAAAUGGGAUUUACCGGCACCAGGGACGUGUCGUGGGACUGUACGUCUGUUUCAGUAGGAAAAUCAACCUCCUGAACCUGCUCGGAUAUUUGAGCGCCUUUAUUUUCAUCAUCCAUGGAGUCUGUUGGGAAGUUUGAGUUCAACAGGAAAGACCUGAUUGGUCACGGUGCCUUUGCAGUUGUGUUCAAGGGCAGACAUAAAGAGAAACGUGACUGGAUAGUUGCUGUGAAAUGUAUCAACAAGAAAAACUUGGCCAAAUCCCAGUCUCUGCUUGGUAAAGAAAUCAAAAUAUUGAAGGAACUCAAACAUGAAAAUAUUGUCAGACUACUUGACUAUCAGGAAAUGGGAGGAUGUGUGUAUCUCGUCAUGGAGUACUGCAAUGGAGGCGACCUGGCGGAGUAUCUGCACUCUAAAGGCACGCUUAGUGAGGAUACUAUCCGAGUAUUCCUGCAGCAGAUCGGUCAGGCCAUGAGGGUCCUGCAGAGCAAAGGCAUCCUCCACCGAGACCUCAAACCUCAGAACAUCUUGCUCUGCCACCCAGAGGGGCGCAGGUCCAGCCCCAUCAACACAUGCAUUAAGAUAGCUGACUUUGGGUUUGCACGUCAUCUCCAGACAAACACCAUGGCAGCCACGCUGUGUGGCUCUCCCAUGUACAUGGCUCCUGAGGUCAUCAUGUCCCAGAACUAUGAUGCCAAGGCCGACCUGUGGAGCAUAGGUACUAUUGUGUACCAGUGUCUGACUGGGAAGGCACCAUUUCAUGCCAGUACACCGCAGGAGCUCCGUCUGUUCUAUGAAAGCAACAGGACCCUCUUACCCAGCAUCCCAAAGGAGACCUCCAGUAACUUAAGACACCUGCUGUUGGGGCUGCUGAAGAGAAACCACAAAGACCGCAUUGGCUUUGAUGAAUUUUUCCACCAUCCUUUCCUGGAGACGAGUUCAUCCACUAAGAAAUGCUCUCCAGCUCCCAUGCUCUCCUACCCAAGUUCAGGCUCGGGCAGUUCUUCCAGCGGCUCCUCCACAUCCCAUCUGGCCUCCCCUCAACAUUCCGAUGGAGAAAUACACCGACUUCAGCCCAAAGCGUUGUAUUCCCCUACACAGGACACCCCGGGAUUCCUGCUGAAAGAAAUAGCCAAUCAAGACAGCAGAAACAUGUCAUCUUACUCAGAGGACUAUGUCAUGGUGCCUGCCCAGUUUCCCAGCGAGUGCACAUGUGAAGUGGAAGUUGACUCACCUAUUGAGAGUUGCCUGAUAUACAGCGGGAGCUCAUUACUGAUUGAGAGAAGUCCUAGAAAUGCUGGGAAGACACCUCCACCGUCUCCCCUGCUGCACUCUCCCUCCAAGUCUGUUGGCAAGCCAGUUGAAUUCCUCAGCCAUAAGUGCAGCCCCUCGGUGCCCAUUCCUGUCCCAACUCAGAUCCAUAACUACCAGCGUAUGGAACAGAACCUGCAAUCUGUCGGCCUGCACGGCUCCACCAGGGCUACGCUCUGCUGUGCUGGCAGCAGCUCCCCACAAUGUGGAGGCGGUAGAGCUCCAAGUCCAGGAUUUGUCCACAACUCCCCACAACUGGCAACUGGAGGGGCCCGACCACAGCAGUCCUCCCCGCGAGUUGGAAUGACCCCAAAGUCCUCAGAGCAGACUCUCCCGCUCAGCACAAGAACUGGACUGCUAGCCGGCUCUCCUGACAUUCAGGACAACUCCAGUCCCAAGCGGGUUCAAUCAAGAAUGCUAAAUCGAAUCAGGACAGUCCAAGACCUGCAGUCUCUUGACCCAUCUCCUGCUUCCCAGACCAACCUCAGUGUGAAAUCAGCCAAUAAAAAUGGCCCUUUUAAAAGAUCACUGAGCACAGGCAGGCUGUCUGACAUGCUGCUGAAGGCGGCCUUUGGAGCUCACCUUUUUGAAGAGGGAAGCGAUGAGAGCCUCAACUGUGACAAAAGCAUGGAUAUAACAGCUCCUCCUACUGGUUACUAUAGAGGCUUUCAGUUCUCAGACAGUCCACCUCCUGCGGUCUUCAUUAUGGGUUCUCCAGGCAAAGGAAACACUCCUCCUGAUUACACAAUAUCAAGGAUGCUCUCAGGCUCCCCCAACUACAUGAACUCAGCCUGGCUACUGAACAGUCGCCUUGUCCACGGAGGAAGCCGAAGAAACAGUGAGACAGAAGCCAUGGAUGCUACACCACACAGCAGUCUCGUCUUUCACCCUCCAGAGCUCCCUGAAGAUACACUGAUGGAGCAGGCUCACACAGAUGCUCUGAGCGAACUGCGUUUCACUUUGGCUUUCGUCCACUGUGUUAUGGAAUUGGCUUCUUCUAAGGACUCUGGGCUGGAUGCCAUCAGCAGUCCGGAUGUUUCCUUUCUAGAGCAGAGCCUGGUAACAGAUCAGAUCAGCCUUCUGAGUAGAGAAUGGAGCUAUGCAGAGCAGUUAGUGUUGUACAUGAAGGCUGAAGAGUUCCUGUCAUCGGCACUUCACACUGCCAAAGAAACAAUCAAACAAGGCCGCCUCCUUCCCUCUGCUACAGUCAAACAAGUGAUCAGGAAGCUGAAUGAACUGUACAAGAGCUGUGUGACGUACUGUCGCACUCUCAACCAUCGCCUGCAGACCUUCUUACUUGACAAACAGAAGCUGAUAGACCGCUUCAACGGACUCACAGCGGAGAAGCUCAUCUACAGCCACACUGUGCACAUGGUACAGAGUGCUGCUCUAGAUGAGAUGUUCCACAAUGGCACAGCGUCGAUCCAGCGCUACCACAAAGCCGUGUUGCUAAUGGAGGGUCUGUCCCGAAUCAUCACCGAGCAAAAGGACAUUGACAGCAUUGAUAAAUGUAAGCAGUGUAUCGAGAGACGCCUGUCCGCCCUGCAGACUUAACAGUGGCCGUGAGCUCUACAACUACAUCCACAGCAACUGCAUUAUCUUGCUUCAUCCAUCUGCAGUCAGUAUAGAUGGAUCCUCCAUGACACACACAAGCACUUUGAUCUGUCUUAAGGGAAAUGACCAGUGGAGCAUCUGCUCUUAUCCCACCAGCCAGUCUGUAAUUUUUUCAUAAAUGCACAGAAAAGACUGGAAGUCCUGUUUUGGAUGGGUUCUUGAAGACAGAUUGUGUUAUGAUUGUACUUUGAUCAGGUAAAUUGUUCUCAGUGUUUUGUUUUUUUUUGUUACAGACUGUGUGUUGUUUUGCACAUUGUAUGAUCUGAUGUCUGAUUUUUAAUGUGUUGUACUUGAAACAAACGUUUAGUUGUUUUCUAUAUUAGAAGUGUUGGUGUUAUGUGUACAGUAAAGGUUCACCAGCCAACAGGAGUGAGAAUAUUUUGGAUGAGAUGACCAAAUAUGUAGCAGUGACAGUAUAACUGUGACUGCGUUUUUUGUACAUUUUUCAUCACAGUUGAGUCGUGGGUGUUAUGGAAGUGUUUUGACCUCAAACAGCAUAAUUGUCUUACAGGCAUCUAGACUUACACCAUAGACUGCAAUAAGUAUACUUUGACAUUUGAGUGAAAUUUUAGUUUUACAAUGUCUGAUUCAACACUGCCCUUUCUUAGGUGGUGAUGUAUUCAGUUACGAGGUACUUUUAGUGACAAUGACUGCAUGCCACAUUGUUUAUGUUUAUCUGCUGUUUGUGUGUAUGUGUGCACAUUUGUUUUUUUCCCCUAGCUGUUUGCGUUAAUGUUAAAUCGUUAUUGCAGUUUGUGAAUGAAUUUUUACAUGGUUUUUGCCUGAUAGUACAUUAGUUUAUGUUUUAAAUAUUUGGGGAAAAUGUUAGUGUUAAAAUGAAAUUUAGAAUGUAUGAAAUUGCCUUUUCUACUUGUACUGUAUGACUGCAACUCAGAUUUGCCAAAAUGAAUUGUUACAAACUGUGUGAUGAAAAUAAAUAAUGUUUAUUGGUAAAACAA